CCAGUCCGCCACCAUCUUGUCUCCCAAGACAAGCGUGAAGCGUCUCGAACUCUUGUGAAUUCGUGAUCCCCAAAUCCGAGCUCUCGCGAAAAUUCCCCCCCUUCCCACUCCCCUCUCCCGAGAGCCAAUCCGCGCAAAGCCCCAAACCCGGAUCAAGCCUUACAAAACCCCCUACUGCCUCGAAUCGCACCAGCGAAUCGAACUGGGAUCGAUCGGGAUCCGGUGAAGAUGUUCUUCUUCUUCGUGGGCGGCGUGGAGCAGGGCGCCGGGAGGGUGCUCAAGGAGGCGGCGGGGCGGUGCCUGCGGUGCGGCGGCACGGCGGACCUGGUGGAGACGGAGAAGGCGCUCAAGCUCUUCUUCGUCCCCGUCUGGCGGUGGCCCGGGAAGGACCCCGCCUACCUCUGCCGCGAGUGCGGCCUCCUUGCGCCGGGUUCCCUCGGCGCCGAGCCGGGCCCGUCGCUGCUGCCCCAGGAGGCCCGGUGUGGCGCGUGCAGCCGCGCGGUCGACCCGCAGUUCCGGUUCUGCCCCUUCUGCGGCUCCGCGCUCUGAGCGGGACGCCCGCGGCGCCCGUACUGACGUUUGCCACUCGCCGUGUCCGUAGUUUGUACUGAGCUUUUGUUUGUGUGGAGAGUAUUGCUGUAUCUGUAUGCGUGUAAUCACAACUUCGGAAAACAUCCCAUCGUGUUGCAAGUUUAGUAUCUUAGUUAUUUACUAUUUGUAAAAAGUUGCAAUCCUUAUUUGCCAUGGAUGUUUCACCGACAUUUGUGUUUGGGCAAAUUCCUUCCCUUC